GCUAAUGUAUCGUAAUCAUAGUUCAUAAGCCAUUCAAAUGAAAGAUGUCAUAUGGCAAAGUUCGAAUAAAUUUCAACAUAGAAUAAUAAAGAAAAAUAUUUUUUUUUCUUUUACGUAUAAAAGUCUUUUUAAUAAAAUCCAUUAUAUUUAACGAAUCUGAAAUUGAUGCACCCCUUUUUUCCCAAAAUCCUGCUCAGCAUUUUUUUUGGUCAGAUUGAAUCUUAACAUGUUUACUAAGCAGUUGCGGAUUGAAAAAAUUUUUUAAUUCAUAUCAGAAAUUUUACAAAAAAAAGGGAAAACAAAAUACGAUUCCAUUAAAUUAUUAAGUAUUAAAGAGAUUAACUUCUGAACUUUUGGUUCAAAAUAUUCUCUUGAGUAGGUUGAAGGUGGUAUAUAUGAUUUUUUGUAGCUGAUGAAUUUUUCUUUACAAGCUAUGCUCUUUAUUUUCAUAUAUUGUUUGAGUAAAUUUGUUUUUUAAACUUAUAUUUCAUCUUUAAAAGGUCAAUGUGUUCAUUGGUUGGCUGAUGGUACAUUUAGAAGUGCACCACAGAAAUUUCUUCAAUCAUAUUCAAUUCAUGGUCGUACAGAUUGGGGCAUUCAUCCAUUUGUUCAUGUUGCAAUGUGUGAUAAAAAACAAGAACAAUAUGAACUACUUUUUCGAGGUUUAAUUGAUUUUGCUAAUCAAAAUGGUAUUAAAUUACAACCUAUAAGUAUCAUGUUGGAUUUCGAACAAGCUGCAUCAAAUGCAUUUCUCUCGGUGUUUAAACAAAGUUCAGUUCUAUAUUGUCAUUUUCAUUAUUGUCGAUCAGUAUGGCGUAAAAUUCAGAAGCUUGUUAAAUCUUUUCAAGAAAAAAAAACUAAACGAGAAUUAGCAAAUUUAUUUGGACUUCCACUAUUACCUUUAACAUCUGUUUACAAUGCUUUUGAAAAUAUUGCUUCAACAUUACUUCGAUGUAUAAACGGUAUUCAAGAUUUUUUGCAAUAUUUUUCAAAUACAUAUUUAUAUGGAAAUAAAUUUCCACCAACACGUUGGAAUCAUUUUGCUUCUAUUGGAUUUACAGAUCGAACAAAUAAUGCUCUUGAAGGUCAUCAUCGUUCAAUAAAUGCACGUACAGCCCCACAUCCAAAUAUUUGGAGAUAUAUAUUAUUAAAACGUGAACUCGAUGAAAGAACAAUGAUAUCUGUAUCUCAAGAAAUAAAACAAAAACGUCCUACAAAAGUUCAACGAAAAUCAUAUCGUGAUCGUGAUAAUUAUUUAAUCGAAGCAAAAGAACUCUUAAUUAAUCGAAAAAUUGAUCUUACAGAAUAUGAACGACGUAUUAGAAGGUUGACAUAUGGAUAUAUUAAAUAUCAUGAGGAUAAUGAUGAUAGUGACUUUGAGAACGAUGUAUAA